CUGUACUGUGUCCGCAGUCUCUGGUCCCUCUCCUGUACUAUUCCGCAGUCUCUGGCAUCUCCUGUACUGUGCCCCCCGUCUCUGGUCCAUCCCCUGUACUGUGUCCGCAGUCUCUGGUCAUCUCCUGGACUAUGUCCCCCAUCUCCCGGUUUUCUCCGGGACUGUUCCGCAGUCUCUGGUCAUCCCCCUGUACAUGUCCGCAGUCUCUGGUCACCUCCUGUACUAGGGCCGCAGUCCCCUGGGCAUCUCCUGUCGUCCCCAGUCCCCCGGUCAUUUUCCUUAAAUAUGGGCCCA